AUGACCCGGAAACCGAAAGUAAAGCUCAGUGUCUCUCCGGACUACCCGUUGCCGCCGGAGUUGAGACAACACGACUGCGGAACACAUCCUUACGUUCGGGGCCUCACAUCCCACCGAUGGGCAGAUGAGCGCAGGCAUCGACUCCAUCACCCGGUCAUCAUGUUUGUAGCGCUGAUUUUGGCGUUUAUUCGCAGUAUUUUUGGUUACCUAAUGCCAAGAGACAGACAACUGGCCAUUUAUGUCGGCGAUUAUCCGUACUUUCUUAAUGUGAAAGCUCAAUUAAAUUUGGCCCAAGUGACGCAUAGUUUGUUUGGCAUGCUCGCUUUAUUAUAUUACAGGUAUUUGUUUUAUAAAAAGAAGUACCCCUUCCCGGAGGCGCCCAUACGCCUAAUGGGGGGCGCUGUCACUCCCAGGAGUGUAGGACUGUUUGAUGAGGCGGUGAUCAUAGAGAUGUGCAAAUCGGCCAAAUUCAGAUUCAAUCACACAAAACGGAGUACCAAUGCGUUCGGAUUGAUAGUAUUUGUCUUCUGUCUCCUUCCCGUCCACUUGGGGGCCAACGACUGGUCACUGUUUCCCAUAUACUUUCCGUGGUGUGUAAUCAACGGUUUAGCUUAUCGAUAUGGGUUUAAUAUAAGCCACUGGACGUACACAUAUUUCUUUCUGGCACGUAUGAAACAGACCCGGCUUAUGAUUAAUGCCCAGUAUGUUAAGUAUGGUGUGUUCACAAUAACAAGUUAUCUGAGAGUUGUGUCGAGUGUCGCCGAAGAGGCGAAAAAAGCGUACAAACCGUUGAAUAAAUUGCAGAUAACUUUGAAACAAAAUUCAUCGCUUUGUCGCUUAAAGUUAAUGGCAUUCAUCGAGAAAGUGGGCAAAAAAGAUGAUUUACCAAUCGACCGAACGUGCGAAUGGCCACAAACACCGAAGAGUGGCUAUAUUUUUAACCAAUUGCAUAGGGCUAAAUACAUUGACAAUUGGCUUUUCACAUGA